AUGAACGUUCCAGUAGGGUUUCUCUCCAAGUUAUGGAGCUUCCUCUCCUUCUUGCCUUUCUUCUUCCUGCUCUUCAUCCUCGGCCUCGCCAAAGCUGCAGUGAUCGGUCCCAUUUCGGCGGCGAUCAUACUGAUCGGGAACACUGCGGUGAUUUUGGGACUCUGGAUUGCUCAUUUCCUAUGGACUUACUAUUGUCUAGCAAGAACAAAGAGGCUUGGCUUGGUUUUGAAGAUUGUGGCGAUGCUGCUUUUACCGGUGCCUUUGGUGCUAUGGCCUCCAGUUGGUAUUGUUGGGAGCCUUCUGGGUGGGAUAGGGUACGGGUUUUUCGCGCCUUUGCUCGCUACUUUCGAAGCUGUUGGGGAGAAUGUCAAGCAGAAGUGCCACCAUUGUUUCGUUGACGGUUGCGCCUCGACGGUCAGAUACAGCUGCACUGUCGUUAGGGAUUUUACGGAUUUUUGCUUCCAUUCCUACUUCUCUUAUAUGGAUGAACUGAGCGAGAAAGUGCCUCCCGAUGAAAAGCCUAUCGAUGUCAAGUUGAUGAGGCUGCCGAGUAGUUUCUUGGUCACCCUAAUCGGUGUCCCGGUAGAUAUGUUUCUGAUCACUGCUCUCGCCCUGUGGAAAAGCCCCUACAUGCUUUUGCAAGGCUGGAAGCGGCUGCUGGAAGAUCUGAUCGGUAGAGAAGGCCCGUUCUUGGAGACUGUUUGUGUUCCAUUUGCGGGUCUCGCAAUUCUUUUGUGGCCUUUAGCUGUCGCGGCUUCAGUUGUAGCAGCUGUAGUGUCCAGCUUCUUCUUGGGAUUGUACAGCGGAGUUGUUGUCCAUCAGGAAGAUUCAUUCCAGUCAGGACUUGCCUAUAUUAUUGCGGUGGUUUCAUUGUUCGACGAGUAUGUCAAUGAUCUGCUCUACUUGAGCGAAGGUUCCUGUCUACCCAGGCCCAAGUAUCGGAAGAACCAGAGUCCUAAACUAGGUGAUAAUGAUGGGAGCAUGAACAAGAGAAGGCAAAACUCACUCAACGCAAGACUUGUACCGGAGCGGACAAGAUCGUUGAAACGGGCCAUUCAGGAAUUUAAGCCAGUACAGAUAUGGGACUGGUUAUUCAAAUCAUGUGAAGUGAACGGAAAAAUACUCCUCCGCGAAGGGUUUAUAGAUACCAAGGACAUUAAAGAGUGCCUUGUGAAGGGUAAUUGCAAGAAGUUAGGGAUCAAACUGCCAGCUUGGACCAUAUUACAGUGCCUUCUAACCUCAGCAAAGCAAGAUUCAUCUGGGUUGGUGAUCUCUGAUGAUGUGGAGUUGACGACAGCUAAUGGGCCAAGGGACAAAGUUUUCGAUUGGUUCAUAGAACCAUUGUUGAUCAUGAAAGAACAACUUAGAAAGCUUCAGCUGAAUGACAAUGAGGAGAUGAGCUUGAGGAAGCUGGUAAUGGUGAACAAGAAUGAGAGACCUGAAGACUGGGACGAAGAAGGGUUUCCGAGUGGCGACCAUGUCAGAAGAGCUCAGUUACAAGCCCUAAUCAGAAGACUACAAGGGAUUGUAGCUUCGAUGUCACGCAUUCCAACUUUCAGGCGGCGUUUCAAGAAUCUGGUCAAAGUGUUGUCGAUCGAAGCAAUUCAGGUUGGUCCUCCGGGAAAGCAGAUAGGAGUAACAAGCACUGAUGGGAGUAGCAUUAGCUCAAGUUCGAGAGCAUCCCACAAUCAAGAGGGAAGUAGCGAGAAUGAGAUGAAGAAUGGUCCAGAGAUGUGUAGCAAUGUACCCAAAACUAAAGACGGGAUCAAGAGCAUAAGCAGUCAACAUUCUGUAUGA